GGCACUUCCUGUGGCCGUGUCCGCUGCCGCCCGGGGCCCGCGGGGAGCCGGGCGGUUCCGGGCCGGAGAGGGCCGAGUUUCGGUACGGAUCCGCCGCGAGAUUUGCAAGAGGCUUCCGCCCUGUGUGACCUCCCACUCCCGGUGCACCUUCUACACCCCGCGACACGUCCCUCUGCUGUCAGGAUAACGCCCGAGUACCUUUAAAGUCUUAAAGGUAUCUAGCCUGCCAAGAUGCCAGGGCCAAGACCUCGGAAGGGACCUAAGACCAGUGGCCAGGGUGCCGCAACUGCCAAGCAGCUGGGGCUUUUUGUGGAGUUCAACCCUGAGGACAUGCUCCUGGGGAUGGAUGAGACUGAAGAUGAUGGAGACCUGGAGGCUGAGCUGUUGGCUCUCACUGGGGAAACAGGAAGCACAGGCAAGAAGCCAGCACCCAAGAGGCAGGCUCCUCUGCCCAUGGCCCACAUUGAGAAGUUGGCAGCAGCCUGUAUGCAAGAUGUGGAGGAGGAAGGAGAGGAAGAAGGGCUGGAGGAGGAUGCUGACCUGCUGACAGAGCUGCAGGAGGUCCUGGGUGCGGAUGAAGGAGCUGGGCCACAAGAUGGCAGUGAGGCAACAAGCCCAGACUUGUGUGAGGAGAAGGCAGGGGAUAGCACUGAGCAACCUGGAGUACAGACAGCCCUGCAACAGGCCUUGCCUACAGCAGCUCAGGCUGGAGGGCCUCGGGGGCUGCAGGCUUUGCUGGAGGAACGGAUCCAUAACUACCGGGAGGCCGCAGCCAGUGCCAGGGAGGCUGGUGAAGCUGCCAAAGCCCGGCGCUGUGAGCGGGGCCUGAAGACUCUGGAGUCACAACUUGCCACUGUGAGGAAAGGCGGAAAGAUCAAUGAGGAUGAGAUUCCACCUCCAGUGGCCUUGGGCAAAAGGCCCCCACCCCACCAGGAAACAGCCAACAAGAACUCUGAGAGAGACUCUGCAACAUCCUGUACCAUGGAGUCAGGCAAUCUUCCCCAACCUGAGUCCAGCCUCCCUGGCAGCUCUGCCGUUGCUCCCUUGCCUGAUUCAGACCCAGAUGUAAAGGCCCUGCUGUUAGCCCGACAGAGCGAGUACAAAGUGGCUGCUCUCAAUGCCAAACGGGCUGGAGAUCUAGAUCGUGCCCGGGAGUUGAUGAGGAUUGGGAAGAGAUUUGGUGCUGUCCUGGAGGCCCUGGAGAAGGGGCAGCCUGUGGAUCUGAGUGCCAUGCCCCCGGCUCCUGAGGAUCUGAAGGCCCUCCCACAGGCUUCUAAGGCUCCCACAGCAACCCAAGUCCCAUCCCCAGUACUGGAGCAAGUGCAGCCGGUGAUGGCCUCUGACCUCCCAGCCGUCCCAGUGGCCCCUACAGAGCCAAAAACGGUGCUGGAUGCUUUACAGCAAAGGCUGAACAGGUACCGUGAGGCAGCCAUCCAGGCCCGGGCCAAUGGGGAUGAGCGCAAGGCCAGGAUGCAUGAUCGCAUUGCCAAGCAAUAUCAGCAUGCUGUUCAAGCACAUCAAGCAGGACGGAAGGUUGACUUUGCUGACCUACCUGUUCCUCCAGGAUUUCCUCCCAUCCCUGGUCUGGAGCCCAGCAAAGGUACUGAGGAGGACUCCGUGGUAGCAGCUUUGGCAGCUGCCCAAAAACUGGCCUCAGAAGACACAGCCCUGGUAGAUGAAGAUGAGGAGAGUGAGACUCCGGCACAGGCCCCACUGGCCAAGAAGCCAGCGCAGCCUCUGGUCCCUUCAUCUGGUCUUCUGAUUGACCCCAAGGCCUCCAGUUCUAAGGAGUCACUGAAUCCAUCUGCUCGGGAGCAGCUAGCACUGCUGGAGGCUCGGAAACUGCAGUACCAACGAGCAGCCUUGCAGGCCAAGCGCAGGCAGGACCUGGAACAAGCCAAAUCUCAUUUACGAGUGGCCAAAGGGCUCGAGGCUCAGAUCGCCCAGGCCAGAGCGGGUCAGCCCAUUGACCUCUCCAAGGUGCCUUCACCCUUGACGGAUGAAGAGGGUGAUUUCAUCCUCAUUCACCAUGAGGAUCUGCGGCUCUCCCAGAAGGCUGAAGAGGUGUAUGCCCAGCUUCAGAAAAUGCUCCUGGAGCAGCACGAGAAGUGCCUGCUGUUCUCCAAGCAGUUCAUGCACCAGGGCAAUGUGGCUGAGACUACCCGGUUUGAGAAUCUUGCUCAGGACCGAAAGAAACAGCUUGAGAUCCUGCAGCUAGCCCAGGCCCAGGGCCUUGACCCUCCCAGCCACCACUUUGAGUUGAAGACAUUCCAGACUGUGAGGAUCUUCUCAGAGCUCAACAGCACAGAAAUGCAUCUGAUCAUUGUGCGGGGAAUGAACCUCCCAGCCCCACCAGGAGUGACUCCUGAUGACUUGGAUGCUUUUGUUCGGUUUGAGUUUCAUUACCCUAACUCGGAUCAGGCUCAAAAGAGCAAAACAGCCGUGGUGAAGAAUACAAACUCCCCAGAAUUUGAACAAGUUUUCAAACUAAACAUCAAUCGAAAUCACCGGGGCUUUAGGAGGGUAAUCCAGAGCAAAGGAAUCAAAUUUGAGAUCUUCCACAAAGGAUCCUUCUUUAGAAGCGACAAGUUGGUUGGCACAGCACACCUGAAAUUGGAAAGGCUGGAGAGAGAGUGUGAGAUCAGAGAGAUCAUGGAGGUUAUGGAUGGAAGAAAGCCCACUGGGGGGAAACUGGAGGUGAAGGUGAGGCUGCGGGAGCCUUUGAGCAGCCAGGACGUGCAGACGGUCACUGAGAACUGGCUGGUCCUGGAGCCUAGGGGCCAGUGAGGAAGGUGGUCGGCACCAUACCAGCUCACUGACCCGCUUUGCUGGCUGCAAAAGUCAUGUACGUGAGAUGCUGCUACACAAGCACCAAAGACCUGUUGACCUAACCGUGGCUUGGGCUUCCCAUGUGCUGCCUCUCCUGGGCCUCCGUGGAAGCAGGCCAGAACCUAAGCUUCUCGCGCAGCCUCCUUCCCCCAGAAUGUGGGCGAAGACUAGGAGACCCCAUUGCUCUGUGCUGUAGAGCUCUCUUGCCCUUUAACCUCUGCAAAGUAAUUACGUACAGCUAAACCUAACCCUCAGCUGCACCAUUUCUGGAUGUGCCUUUCAAAGAUGUAACUGUAAGGGAUGGGAGAACAUGAGGGUGAUCGGAGCCUUCCCUGAGUAGGUGGGGGACAGGAUUCCGUGACUCCAGCUGGUCAGCGGCAGCUGUUUUCCCCUCUGCCUGUGCCUUUGUUCCUGACAGCUGCUGCAUUAGCCUUUCUGCUUUCCAGGGGACUUGGGAACAGGAAAGUUACUUUGGUACUAUUGCUGGGAAGUAAAGGGAAGGUUUUCUUGGGUUUGGUCCAUGUACCUGAGAUGAAAGACUGUUAACUGGGAAGGGGAAAAAAGGAAAAAAAAAAAAA